AUGGCUCAACCCGAUCAUGAAGAAGAUAUGGUGGAAGAGUGCAUGGAAAUAUUUAUGGACGAGUUCUCCGUUUCGGGCGAUGACUUUGACCGAUGGCUCGCCGAGGGCGAGGAGCCGUUUGCACCCGAGGUGAUGGACGUCAUAAAGAAACAUACCUGGGAGAAGUUUGCUCGAAAUCCUAAUGCCGCAGCACUAGCAAUGGUGCGGGAGUUCUAUACCCAUCUUGAGGACCCCUCCAACCACACAGGCAUUCCAUGCCUCGACAUCUUAUGUCCCUCCGAAGUUCCACCAGAAGUUCCCACCGAUGUGCCACCAUUGGCAACCCAUUUCUCACCCGUACUAGAAGAAGGCCAAGGAGACACAGAAGAGUUCCUCAGUUCCUCAUCCUUUUCGACCACCGAAAGUAGCGAUGAUACUCCACCCCACUUUUUCACUGAUGAAGAUUUCACGCCAACACCGAAGCAGCCCAACCAUGAUCCUAUUCCAUCCCCAGCUCAAUCAGCACCACCAGUCCCAACAGAAAUUCCUAGUCCACCACCCGUCCCAACACAACAGACUCCUAUGACCGAGCAGUCCACUCCAGCAUGCACCUCGUCUAGCAAGAAGCGCUACAAGAGAAUAUCAGGACGUAUACUUCAGCUAUCUCCAUCCCCAGCAGUAGUAAACUCCAGAUCCGAGAGUCUCUCUCCUCCCAAACGACACCGCACGAGGGCAUCCAGUCAAGCCACCCCACCAAAGUAA